UACUUCAGACUUCUGAGUUCAGAAUUCUUGAAUUUUACUAUUUUAAUUACUAAUUAUUACUAAAUUCCAAUUGGUUGUAUUGGAAACAAGGUUUUGCGAUUUUGUUAUUUAUAUUUUAAUUUUCAAAUUACCAUUUACAUGUUACGAUUUACAAGUAACACUUUUCUGUUCUUAUGAAAUGCUUUUCCAGUAAAUUCAAGUUUCUCUUGCAAUAUUAUGAACACAUAUGUAACCCCCACGUAUGUUGUGUUUGAUAGAUGAACCAUGAAUUCACUGAGAGAAUCGUCCGUUUGUUAAUGGAAGUGUCUACUUGUUUCGUUUGAAGUGUUUUCAUAACUGCUUAAAUUUAACGUUUUAUAUUUCGGUGCGAUUUUGUGCGAAAAUAUGGUCGAAGAGAAUCGGACAGGUUUUGGGCAAGUGGACAUCGUCGAUGAUGACAAUAUGGUCCGAUUGCCGCGACAGCGUAUUGUCGAUAUGUAUAAAAACGCUAUGUCGCGCGUUCGCGUUUUAGAAGCAAAGGCGAACGAAGCGUCAAUAUGUAUUAGGUGUAACCUAUUGUGUGACAAGAGUGAGCGAACAGACCAAGAUUUUCGCAAAUUAGUUAUACGAGAGAAAUGUUUACUAAGAAAAUUGACUAUUAAAGAACAAGAAAUACAAGAUUAUGCUGCACAAUUGUCAGCCAUGCGAAAUUCUAUUCAAAACAAUUCAUUAUCUUCACUCAAAUGUUCAUUACAAGAUCCAGCUGUAAAUCUUCUGAUUCAAAGAUUACGACAAGAUCUAUGUGCUACAAAAAUUAGACUAGAAGAAACCCAGAGAGAACUGAAUGCCUGGAAAUUUACACCCGACAGUAAUACUGGAAAAAGAUUGAUGGCAAAGUGUCGUUUGCUGUAUCAGGAAAAUGAAGAACUUGGUAAAUUAGUAAACAGUGGCCGAGUAGCUAAGCUUGAAGGUGAAUUAGCAUUGCAGAAAAACUUUGGUGAAGAAGUUAAAAAAUCACAAUCAGAAUUGGAUGAAUUUUUACAAGACUUAGAUGAAGAUGUGGAAGGAAUGCAGAGUACAAUAUACUUCUUACAGAAUGAACUUCAAAAAUGGAAAGCUUCUGUUAGAAGUAUUAACAAUACUGAAAACAAAGAAACUAAUCCAAUAUCUAUUGUUAAUGGUAUUAAAAAAGACGAUGAUACUACAACAGAGAUAUCUCCAAAAUCAAAAACUGAUAUACCAACUCAAUUAGUUAAAACUAAACCUGAUAAUAAGUCGAGUAAACACAGCAAACCUAAAGAUACUAAGCAAUUAAGUGAUGAUAAAAGUAAUAAGCUCAAAGUUAAAAAAAUACGACCAGCUAUAGCUGAAGGUACAGAUCAAAAAGGGCAACCUCCUAAGGUACAUAAAAGCAAACACAAAUCAGAUGGGAGUAAAAAUGAAGAUAAAAGAAAAAAGUCUGAAAAAAGGCCCCAUAGCAAAGGUGAAGUAGUUCAUAAAAAGUCAAAAAGUGAGCUUCCCAAAAGUACUGAAGUUGAGACUCCCGUUGAAGUAGUUAAUGGACUACCAAAUGGUUCAUAAAUAUUGUUAUUUUAAUGUUAUUUUUAAUUUGUCAAUGUUGAAUUGUUGAUAGAAAAUACUUAUUGAAUUAUUUUUCAACUUUAUUUUUUUAUGUUUAGGUUUGAAUAAAUAAUUAAAAAAAAAAUAUUCUUAUUGAAAUAUAAUACAAUAGUUUUUAUACCUUAAUAUUUAGAACUAAAUUUUGCAUUUAGACACUAACUAUUUAAGACUUAAAAAUA